GCAGGAAGUCAUCUAUUGGGUAUUAAUCUUAAAAACUCUGAAGUUAAAUGCUUGUAAUUUCAUGGCGUUGAUUUAAAGUUGACGUCCAACCAUUAGUUUUGCUAUUGUUUAAAAGAAGAGCGCGUGAAAUAUGGAGUACGUUUCUAAUUAUAAGAAAAAUUAAAACAGAAGCACGAUAUUAUGUGUAGCCUAAAGAGGAUAUCGUUUUUCCUAUAAAUCUAUUAUAUCAAGUGAGCUAACAAGAAGUCAUUCUACUUUUCUUGAUUCGAAAUAAGGAAUUGAGGGUUAACAACCACUUUACACUAUAUUUUUACCAGAUGAAAAAUGGCGUGAGGCGCAUGUCAAAUUAACCACUUUAUGCUCGGAUACUAAAGGAACGUUUUUUUUUCCCUCUAUUGGAUUUAUCUUUUAAAUUACUAUAACCGUCAAUCAAAGAGGAGACAGAUAAACUCUGUUAUUUUAAAGACCUGAGCACUUGUACUCAAAAUUGUAGCGAGGGAGUGGAAGGCCCACAGGAGGAAAGCUUGUUACUUCUACCUUAUAUGUUAGAAACUCGGUUCAACACUUUUUUGACUACAAAAAGAGUUCAUAAGCAGAAAUUUAAUAACUCACUCUGUGGAAGCUCUUCACCUAACUUUGUGGUUAAAGAAUUAUGCGAACCUCUGCACUUACCGGGUCGAAUCUCGUAUAACGAGCGCUCACAAGAGUUACAUAUGGCAAAAAAGCGUUGCGGACUACAGCACACCCAGUGCUAUGCGGAAUUAUGACUCUGUCGGAUAAGCACUUUAUCGUCAGACUGCAGCUUUUGCAACUCAUUUAUGCGAAUUCUUUUAUCGAGGAUUACUAUUAUAUUAAGUAUACAUCUACAGCGUGUCAAGACGGUAGCAGCCCUCGCUCCUCUAAUCCUUCACGUUUGGAUGUCAUAAUUAAGGGGUUUCCAUGCCCAAGCUUCAAGAAAGCCACUGCCAUAUGCGUGAGGUCCGCUCGUUCUAAACGAGCCCCCUUGAAAACCAAGAAUCUAUUGCUUAUCAUUGAGCGCUGUUAUGAACUACUGCUAAGCGUGGAAGAGUUUGGAGUACUUUGUCGAUACUACAAAAACCUUUUCGCCGAUUUAUUUUCAAGAGCAAAUCGCUAUAUGUCGCCUUUUUGGAAUUUCCCCAGCUGGAAUUCCACUUGGAGCCAGUGACAGAACGUUUUUGAUUUCUCUCUCCAUUAAAAAGGAGACUUCCAUUGCAUACGUUACCCCGUUGCAUUGCCCAACAAAUUAGCGACUUGGUUCAACUGCUACAUAGGAAUCGUAGAGCGCUGUCUAGUAGUCAGCUGCAGCUGUUCUCAGGAUUUGCCUCCAACGUACUUUCAAUUCUCGGCCGGGCCAUUCUUAAUUUUCGCAGUGAAUUUUUUGAGAUAUUUAAAGUACUUCUUAAAGACUUGACUACUUUCAAGGACUUCUGCUCGACUUCGCUUGGAAUGGAGGUGACGAUUUCUCUUACGCAGCAGUAUCAGACAAUUAACCCUUCUUGUACCUUAAACCACUUGAGUCGACAAUUAAAAAUUCCUUGUGAUUUCGACGUUGAACUUGGAAAGCCCAGAAAGACUUUUUAUACUUGUCUGAGAUUUUACAAUCCUACUCUUUACUGGAUCAUACGAAAUUAAUAGUGGAAAGAGAGGACAAAUGUAUUUAAAGUAA